GUUGAUGAAGGCGGUAUCAAACAUAACGCACGGACAACGUGUGUGUAUAACUGACUACCGAUCAAUUCUCCAAUAAACUGUCUCUGUGUGUGCUGGGGGCUGCACUGGCGACCCAGGUUCUUCUAUUGUCAUCGAAUUGUGAAGAGGUGGAUUUUGUAUUUUAUGUGGUCGUCGAUUAUGCAAAACAAGUCUUUCACAGCAUCAGUAGACUCUCUAAGAUGCGAGCUGUGCAACUUAAAAAAUUUGUGCUCUCCAACAUGGAAACAAUAUUUUGCGAUGAAAUUAAAGGCUAAAAUACAUGAGGAAAAUCUAAAAGGUUGACAUAUAGAGGAACCGUUUCUCUUGCACGACGUUGGAUUGUUUUUUAACAGGGAAAAUGGUGAAGACGUUUUUUGAACGGAUGUAUUGAGGAUGGUGUCAAGGAUUGUUCGGUUUGCGGAUCAACGGAGUCUUCGUGUGCAGUUAGCGUGGCAGGAGCGGACAAGCGAUGGGGUGUUCGGAGCCAGUUUCCCGCAGGUGACUCUGGCAACGCGCGCUGAGUGAGAGGAUCGGAUAUUGGAGUUUAGUCGAGUGGCAAAUAUUUUUUGCCAGAAUUCUGUGGGGGGGAAAAAGGAAUUAAUGAUCUCGCUUUUCUGCAAGUGGCAAAAGCUGAUUCAAGAUGGGCAACAAUCAGUCGGAAACGCUCGUUAACCACUACACAAAUUAUAGCAAUGGCCAGGUGGUGGAGUACGUACCUUCAAAUCAAGAACCCUGCAAGAGUUGGUUGCUGCUGCCGGCCGAAAACCUCUGGUCAGUUCCUCUCCGCGGUAUUCUCUACAUCACUGCCAUGCUGUAUAUUUUCGUCGGCAUCGCCAUCGUGAGCGACAUCUUCAUGUGCAGCAUUGAAAUGAUCACGAGCAAGAAGCGGAAGAUUCUCCGCUGGGACUCGGAGAGCAAAAAACACGUGGAGAAAGAGGUUCUCAUCUGGAACGAGACCGUGGCCAACUUGACUCUCAUGGCGUUAGGCAGCAGCGCCCCUGAAAUCCUCCUGAACAUCCUGGAGACGUGCCAGCACGUGCAAGACUACGACCCUAACAACCCCCAAGACAGUUUGGGAACGUUUACCAUAAUCGGCAGUGCCGCUUUCAAUCUUCUUAUCAUCACCGCUAUAUGUAUCUCCAGUGUGCCUUCGCCCGACGCCAAGAAAGUCAAGGAGUUUGGCGUGUUUAUGGUGACUUCGGUCUGGUCCAUCUUUGCCUAUAUUUGGAUUCUGAUCGUCGUGGUUUGGAACUCGCCGGGCGAGGUUGAAAUUUGGGAGGCGUGGGUCACGCUGCUGUACUUUCCCCUUCUCGUUAUGAACGCUUACUGCCAGGACAACGGAUGGUGGAUUAAGCGACCUAAGGUGGGCGGAACUGAACCCCAGUCAGGCAGCCAAAUGAACAUCCGAGUGGUCAACGGCAACGUAAAGAAACAUCACGUGUUCCACGGACCCUCCCCACAACUUGCAGCCUUGGAAGCAGAAAGAUCUCAAAGUCAAAUGAACCUGAAGGCAACAACGGACGAAAGAACAAAUGACAUGCUAGUCUUAAAAGAUUUAGAGGCCGCACCGGAAGACGGAAGAGUCGAGAGAUCCGAUGAAGAAAAGAAGCAACUAGCAAGGGCAAGGUUUCGGCACGCCGCAGUCCGUUCUAUCUUGGGGGUAAGAAGCGCGUGAACGGGUACAAGCCUUCCUCUGCGAGCCACCCCCGCCUGAUGGAG